UACCUGCACCACGUGGUGGAGGGAGGAGUGGGCAGGUAGAACCACAUCCCCAAACAGCCCAGCGCGCAGCCAUUGCGUGCCUCCUAGGGGUGGAACCCGACGUAAGCUUCGGAAUUGGCUCCCGUGUAAUUAACCGUCCUCCCCAGGGGAGGGGAAAAAGGGGGGGCCAUUGCGGGGCCUGCGUCUCUUCCCCCUGAAACGAGGGCCAGGGCGAGUUGGGGUGGCUGUCGGUGUGGGGCUUGGGAAGAGGGGUCUGGGUUUUGUGGGGACUUCUCCUCCUCGCGCCCUCCACCUGAAGAGGGCUUAGGUGUGGCUGGCGGGGUGGCGCUCGGCUCUCCCUUUCGGCCCAGGGUGGUGAAGGUGGUGUCUCGCCCACCCCGGUUCCCUCCGCGGGCUUCGGUCGCGUCAGCAUGACGACGUCUCCCGACUACCUGGUCGUCCUCUUCGGGACCACCGCCGGGGCGAACGGGGCUCGGCUGGGCUCCGACGAGCGAGAGCUGAUCCAGCUCCUGUGGACGGUGGUGGAUCUGACCAAUAAGAAGGUGGGAAGUCUUCACGAAGUCCUCAUCGGGCCCGAGCACUUAGAGCUGACCAAGGAAUGUAAGGAAGAAACCUUUCUCUCGGAGGAGAGCCUGAGGCUCGCCCCGCCGCUGGAGCAAGCUCUGAGACAGUUCAACCAGUCUGUCAGCAAUGAGUUAAAUAUUGGCGUGGGUACCUCGUUCUGUCUCUGCACUGAUGGGCAGCUUCAUCUCCGGCAAGUUCUGCAUCCGGAAGCUUCCAAAAAGAAUAUCUUGUUGCCAGAAUGUUUCUACUCAUUUUUUGAUCUGAGGAAGGAAUUUAAGAAGUGUUGUCCCGAUUCACCUGAAAUAGACAAAUUGGAUGCUGAAGCCAUGGCAGAGUAUCUCAGUCUUGACAAGAACAACUCAACACAGCAUUUUGGAGUGUCUCAGGUGGAAAACAUGGGAAACAUCAUUUUAAAACUAAUUUCGGAACCAUACAAUCACCGGUUUUCAGAUCCAGAAAGGGUAAACUACAAAUUUGAAAGUGGAACUUGCAGCAAGAUGGAACUUGUAGAUGAUAACACCAUAAUUCGGGCAAGAGGUUUACCAUGGCAGUCGUCGGAUCAGGACAUUGCUAGGUUCUUCAAAGGCCUGAACAUUGCCAAAGGCGGCGCUGCACUUUGUCUCAAUGCCCAAGGCCGAAGGAAUGGAGAAGCUCUGGUUCGGUUUGUAAGCGAAGAGCACAGAGAUCUAGCCUUGCAAAGACACAAGCAUCACAUGGGCAACCGGUAUAUCGAGGUGUACAAAGCAACAGGCAAGGACUUUCUGAAAAUUGCUGGAGGCACAUCCAAUGAAGUUGCUCAAUUCUUGUCGAAAGAAAACCAAGUGAUUGUUCGGAUGCGCGGUCUCCCAUUUAAUGUGACAACAGAAGAAGUGUUAGCAUUUUUUGGUCAGCAUUGUCCUGUGACAGGUGGAAAAGAAGGGAUCCUGUUUGUAACAUAUCCUGACAACAGGCCAACAGGGGAUGCAUUUGUAUUGUUUGCCUGUGAGGAAUAUGCACAGAAUGCAUUAAAAAAACACAAGGACCUAUUGGGUAAAAGGUAUAUAGAACUCUUCAGGAGUACAGCAGCUGAGGUUCAGCAGGUACUGAACCGGUACUCAUCCACGCCUCUCAUUCCUCUCCCAACUCCACCUAUCCUUCCUGUACUACCUCAGCAAUUUGUGCCUCCAACUAAUGCCAGGGACUGCAUACGACUACGUGGUCUUCCUUAUGCUGCCACUAUAGAAGACAUUUUGGGAUUCCUGGGGGAAUUUUCAUCUGAUAUCAGAACUCAUGGUGUUCACAUGGUAUUAAAUCACCAAGGUCGUCCCUCUGGAGAUGCUUUUAUCCAGAUGAAAUCUUCUGACCGAGCAUUUUUGGCUGCUCAGAAGUGCCAUAAGAAAACUAUGAAGGACAGAUACAUUGAAGUCUUUCAGUGUUCGGCUGAGGAGAUGAACUUUGUAUUAAUGGGGGGCACUUUAAAUCGAAAUGGCUUAUCCCCACCACCAUGUAAGUUACCAUGCAUUUCUCCACCUUCGUACUCGUUUCCGGCACCUGCAGCAGUCAUCCCAACCGAAGCAGCACUCUACCAACCUUCGGUGCUCCUAAGCCCCAGGACCCUUCAGCCUUCCACAGCAUACUAUCCAGCUGGUACUCAGCUCUUCAUGAAUUACGCAGCAUAUUAUCCUAGUAUGCAACAGAGAAUGGAUCUGUACACACAGAUGAGUCGGCCAGGUCAGUGCUCAAAGAACGGGUUUGUCUUUAAAGGUCCAAGCAGUUAGAUUUUCGGAGCAAGGUUCCACCUGACUUUCUGCACAACGUCAACAGCCCAAAUGGAGAUCUGUCUUUGACCACACUCUAAAUUCUACAGUGGCUGGAACCUAGCACAAGAAAUUUCCCUCUGCCUAGGAUACCUGCCUAUGUCCGUUUUGGGGUAUGGUUUUUUAAAAUAGCGGAACACGUGUAUCCAUGGGAACACUUCUCCCUCCCUCUUUCCCUGCAACGCAAACUUGACAUUCAAUCUUUGGGGGCACACACUACUUGAGAGCACAGUUGCCAGAUUCACGAGGAAGAAAUAUAUAUGGAUUUUCUCACCCCAUAUUCAAAAUGUUAAAAUUAUUCUUCUAUCACACAGGGAUUCACACAUUAUUAACAUUUGUUGAAAUAACAUGCUGUGAUUAAACCAGCCCAUCUUUUUUUAUUUGCACACAUGUGAUUUUUUUAUAUUAAAAAAAAAGACCCUGCGAUUAUAUGCUUUGGCUUUUUAUUAAAAAUGGUUUUGUUUUGUAUAUAUUUAUUUGUUUAAAGAUGUAUCUUUGGAUUCUAGCCAGAUUUAUCUGAUGGUGUACAAAAUGGUUAAGAAUAGAAAAGGCAAUACACUGGAGGAAAAAUACUGUAACAUAACAUAAAAUAUAUAUAUUAUAUAUAUAAAUAUAUAUACAUACAAUAUGAAAAAGGAAUGCUCUGAACUUGGAUAUUGCACAUAUGGCUACUGUAUAUUUAAGUUACUGUCUCAAGAUGUUCUGAUGAUGCACAAAACCUCCAGCAUUUAUGCUCCUCCUCCACAAAACUGAUGACAGAGAACUUAAUUAUUAACAUCAUAUCCAACACUAUGUUUGUGGGAAAUCAUGGAAAAUGCAACACUUGCUUCCAAUAGUCUUUACUGUGGAGGAAAUAAUUAAGUUUGGUAUCACUGGAGGUUUCUGAGGGUCCAGGAGUUCUCAUAUGGAUAUUGAAUACCUGACUCUACUGUUGAGAUCAAGAAUAAAUUGUUACUGAAAGCAUGAACAUUUGAACUAAAUAAAGGGCUAUAUCACUGUUAUAGAAACUGGUUUGAGCGGCUCUAUAUGGGUACCAUACAAGUGUGAUAGGUGUGGAUGCUCUGAUCCUUGAUGUGUGUUGUAUUUGUGUUGUUCACACAUAUUAAAACUGUUUUAAAUUCA